AUGACACACGAGAUCCCAUGAACUUCUCAUACAGAACAAAGUGGACAAUCACACUAGUGGCGUGUGCUUUUUCUGCGACAGUCGCUGCGGCGUCGGCUUCUUUUUCUAUGGGGUACCAGUCGAUGAUGCGGGACCUGAACUGCACUCAGUUCCAAGCCACCGUUGGAUUGAGCAUGUGGUCAAUCGGGUUUAGCACAGUUCCUCUCAUCACUUCGUCCUUCACGGAAGAGUUUGGUCGCCUGAAUAUAUACAUCGUCUCGUCAUUUGGAUUCAUGCUCACGGAGAUGAUGAUUGCCCUGUCACCGAACAUACAGACCGUCAUGUUUGGACGUCUGCUCGGGGGCGCAUUCGGCUCAACAGGUGCAACCUUGGUGGGUGGUUCGAUCGCUGACAUAUGGAAGCAACAUGAGCGUGGUCAACCCAUGGCGUUCUUUACUCUUGUUUCUGUGGCAGCGACAGGGCUUGGGCCCAUAAUCGCUGGUGUGAUCGAGGCUAGUCCCCGCCUUGGAUGGAGAUGGAUACAGUGGGUCCAUGUUAUAUUUGCGGGGGUUUAUUUCAUCUUCGUUGUGCUACUCAUGAAAGAAACGCGGGCCACCAUAGUUUUGACUCGCCUUGCAAGACAGAAGCGAAAAGAGUCAGGAGAUGCUAGAUACCAAGCGAAAGCAGAUAUUAAAAAGCAAAGCUUGAUGACCUUGGUCAAGAUUUCCUGCACGCGACCAAUAUACCUCUUGCUGACGGAACCUAUCGUGCAGAGUUUCAGUUUAUGGACUGGCUUCACAUGGGGCGUCAUUUUUGCACUUAUAGAGUCUAUCUCCGCUGAGUUCCAGGCGGUCUACGGAUUUGACAUCCAGAACACAGGAUUCAUCUUCGCCACCCUCAUCGUUGGAAGUUUCAUUGGUUACUUUGCAAACAUGUAUCAGGAAAAGUUGUAUCAGAAACAUUAUCCUCGGAAACGUCAGGAAGCACGUCUUUAUCUUCCUUGUUUCACAACAAUCCUUUUGCCGAUUGGGAUGUUCAUCUACGCCUGGACCGCAAGGCCGGAAGUACAUUGGAUAGCGCCAGCAAUCGGUCUCGUUGUUUGUUCUGAUCACAAUGUCGUCAUUGCUCUUGCGAGACUAAUUAUUCUCAAGGUAUUCAUGUCUGGCGCAUUUGUCAUUUACGUUGUGGGCUUCUUGUAUCUCGCAGAUUGCCAUCGCAGGCUUGAGCCUUUGUCGUAACCUUGCCGCUUGCGCCUUUCCUCUUUUUACUACACAAAUGUUUGCGCGUUUGACAUAUAGAUGGGGUCUGACGCUGUUCGGAUGUAUAGGUGCAGCACUAGUGCCUAUACCGUGGGU